AUGUCCAAACCUAAUCCCCAAGAGGGAGCUCCACCUGUCAUGGCCACUACGACCACCACCACUACCGUGGUUACAGACACCCAAUCUUCUCAUGAAGCACAAACGUAUGGUCUUGAUGCUAUCGAGCGUCGUCGGGUUGCUUUACAAGAGUUUGAUGAUGCCAAGUUUGGCUGGUUCCAUAUUCGUGCUUGCAUUGUCUCUGGUGUUGGCUUCUUUACAGACGCAUACGACAUUUUCGCUAUCAACCUUGUGUCGACCAUGAUAGGCUACGUUUAUUGGGGUGCUGAAGAUAACACGACCCCGCAUAAUGUUGACACUGCUAUCAAAGUUUCAAUGUCAUGUGGCACGGUGGUUGGACAACUCUUAUUCGGUUAUCUUGCUGAUCAUGUUGGUCGUAAGAGAAUGUAUGGUGUUGAGCUUAUCAUUAUGAUCGUUGGCACCAUUGGUCAAACGCUUGCGGGCAAUGGCCCUGCUGCUUCUUUUUGGGCGGUCAUUACCUUUUGGCGAGUCAUUGUUGGUAUCGGUAUUGGUGGUGAUUAUCCUCUCUCUUCGGUGAUCACAUCCGAAUUUGCUACUACCAAACGCCGUGGUGCUAUGAUGGCAGCUGUAUUUGCUAUGCAAGGCAUUGGUCAAGUCACUGCCGGUAUCGUUGGCUUGAUUGCUACAGCUGCAUACCAAAAUGCCAUUCGUGCUGAUCCUACACAACUUGAUUAUGUAUGGCGUAUCGUCAUUGGUGUUGGUGCUGUUCCUGGUGCUAUUGCUCUUUACUAUCGUUUGACCAUUCCUGAAACGCCGCGUUACACCAUGGAUGUCGAGCAAAAGAUCGAAAAGGGCAUCCGUGAUGCUAAAGCCUUUGUCGAAAAUGGUGCAGCUGCUGGUGAUUACAGCGACAAUUUGGCCGUUUCUCGUGUUCACACCGAUGUGCCUCGUGCAUCAUGGGAAGAUUUCAAAAAUUACUUUGGCCAACGUAAAAACGCCCUCAAGCUCUUUGGCACUGCUUACUCUUGGUUUGCUCUCGAUGUUGCAUGGUACGGCUUGGGACUCAACAACUCGAUCAUUUUGAAAAACAUUGGCUUUGCUGGUGGCGAUGCUUAUGAAGCUGUAUUCCGCACAUGUGUGGGCAACAUCAUUAUCAACCUUUUAGGUUCAGUACCAGGCUACUGGAUCUCUGUGUUCACUAUCGACUAUAUGGGUCGUAAGACAAUCCAGAUUAUGGGUUUCACGAUGUUGACCAUCAUGUUCAUUAUUCUUGGAUUUGCUUAUCAUGCUAUUCUCAACACCUCGGUCCCCUUGUUCAUUGUUCUUUACACGAUUACGCAAAUCUUUUUCAAUUGGGGCCCUAACACAACGACUUUUAUUGUUCCUGGUGAGUGCUUCCCAACACGCUAUCGCUCUACUGCCCAUGGUAUCUCGGCUGCUUCAGGCAAAGUUGGAUCCAUCAUUGCACAAGUUGGCUUUGGCUUGCUCAAAGAUAUUGGUGGCAAGAACAAUUGGAUCGACCAUUUGUUGGAGGUGUUUGCACUUUUCAUGUUGACAGGUAUUUUCUCGUCACUCUUCAUUCCAGAGACCAAGGGCAAGACGCUUGAAGAGCUCGGCGAUGAAGAACAUCAUCACGUGGAAAGGUCAUCUGAUGGCAAAGCUAUCGAGUAA